AUGUCGGAAGUUCCAGAAAAUGUUAAAGGUGUUGUAGACUUCGACUCUUGGUUGAAACCUUGGGCAAAUGUUUUGUCAGAAAGAAGAUACUUGGCUGAUAAAUAUAAGUAUGAUAUUCAACACUCGACAAGUGAUGGGAAAGAGAUCUCGUUGAAGGAGUUUGCAAGAGACUCUUAUAAGACGUAUGGGCUACAUGUGGACUCGCAAACAAAAGAGAUUGUUUAUCAAGAAUGGUGUCCAAAUGCUGCAAAGGCUUAUUUAAUUGGUGAUUUUAAUAACUGGAAUGAAUCCACACACGAGUUGACUAGGUUUGAUGAUUUUGGAAAUUUUAAGAUUGUAGUGAAACCCAUUGUUGAAAAUGGUAGUACGUCUUAUGCAAUUAAACACGAUUCUAAAAUCAAGGUAAUGUUUGUACUUAAUAACGGUGAAAAGAUUUAUAGAUUGCCUGCUUGGAUCACAAGAUCUACACAACCAGACAAAGAAACCGUCAAAAAGUACGGUCCUAUUUAUGAAGGUAGAUUUUGGAAUCCUGAGAACCCUUAUAUAUUCAAAAGUAAAAGACCAACUUUUAACUUAACGAAGGAUUCAUUAAGAAUUUAUGAAGCUCAUAUUGGUAUCUCUUCACCAGAGCCAACAGUUGCCUCUUACAAAAACUUCACCCAAAAUGUUUUACCAAGAAUUAGAGAUUUAGGUUACAAUUGUAUUCAACUAAUGGCAAUAAUGGAACAUGCCUACUAUGCAUCAUUUGGUUAUCAAGUUACAAACUUCUUUGCGAUCUCUUCAAGAUUUGGUACCCCUGAGGACUUGAAAGAAUUGAUUGAUACUGCACAUUCUAUGGGGAUAAUAGUUUUAUUGGAUGUUGUCCAUAGUCAUGCCUCAAAAAAUGUAGAAGAUGGUUUAAAUAUGUUUGACGGUUCUGAUCAUCAUAUGUUCCAUUCUCUUACUUCAGGCAGAGGUGAGCAUCCAUUAUGGGAUUCAAGAUUAUUUAACUACGGUAAAUUUGAAGUCCAAAGAUUUUUAUUGGCAAAUCUAGCAUUCUAUAUCGAUGUUUAUCAAUUCGAUGGCUUCAGAUUUGAUGGUGUAACCUCCAUGUUAUAUGUUCAUCAUGGUGUUGGCGAAAAUGGUGCCUUUAGUGGUGAUUACAACGAAUAUUUAUCUAAGGAAAGAUCACACGUGGAUCAUGAAGCCUUAGCUUAUCUGAUGUUGGCCAAUGAUUUAGUGCAUGAGUUGUUACCAAAUCAAGCCAUAACAAUCGCAGAGGAUGUUUCAGGAUACCCAACACUAUGUCUACCAAGAGAUAUCGGUGGCGUAGGCUUUGACUAUAGACUGGCAAUGGCUUUACCGGAUAUGUGGAUUAAGUUAUUAAAGGAAAAGAAAGAUGAAGAUUGGGACAUGGGACAUAUAGCAUUUACUUUGACCAAUAGAAGACAUGGUGAAAAAGUAGUUGCAUACUGUGAAUCGCAUGACCAAGCUUUGGUUGGAGAUAAGACGUUAGCAUUUUGGUUAAUGGAUGCCGAAAUGUAUACAGGCAUGACAAUAUUGAAAGAAACUACACCAGUGAUUGACCGUGGUAUUGCACUACAUAAAAUGAUUAGAUUGAUUACUGAUUCUUUAGGUGGUGAAGCGUAUUUGAAUUUUGAAGGUAAUGAAUUUGGACACCCUGAGUGGUUAGAUUUUCCGAAUGUGAACAACAAUGACAGUUAUCAUUAUGCUCGUAGGCAAUUCAACUUAGUGGAUGACAAUUUGUUGCGUUAUCAACAUUUGUAUAACUUUGAUAAAGCGAUGCAACAUACAGAAGGGAGCUACCAAUGGUUGAAUACUCCACAAGCGUACAUCUCAUUAAAACAUGAAGGCGAUAAAGUUAUUGUUUAUGAAAGAAAUGGAUUGUUAUUUUUGUUUAAUUUCAAUCCAAAGAAAAGCUUCAAUGACUAUAGAAUUGGUGUCGAGGUGCCAGGUAAAUAUAAAAUUAUUUUGAACACAGACAAACCAGAGUUUGGUGGUCAUAACAGAAUUGAUGAAAAGUCCAGUUUUUUUACCACUAAUGAAAAAUGGAAUGAUAGAAACAACUAUCUACAAGUAUAUAUUCCAAGUAGAACUGCAAUGAUUUUAGCGUUAGAUAAAUGA